AUGGGACUCUACAACUACGCAUAUUCGGUCCUGCUGGCGCAGCAGGAUGGCGGGAAUGGGACCGGCGAUUGUGGUGAUGGACGAGACUUUACGGAUCCGAGGAGUGGGACUACAGACCUUGUUACACAACUCGCGAUAUCAGUUGCAAUGGGAAUGUCAGCUUUCCUAUCAUUCUGUGUACUUCGUCCUCGAUGGAAUACCCUUUAUAGUGCACGGAAAGCCAAUCAGGCGCCAGCACUACCAGACCUACCUUCAAGUUUCUUUGGGUGGAUACCAGCACUCUAUAAGAUCAGCGAGGAAGAGGUCCUCAGUGCCGCAGGACUUGAUGCUUAUGUCUUUCUCGGAUUCUUCAAGAUGUCUAUGAAGAUCCUCUCAGUAUUCACCUUCUUUGGUCUGUUCAUCGUAUCACCGCUCCAUUGGAAGUUUGAAGGAAAGAGCGGAUUUGAUUUCAGCCGGCCUGGAUCGUCGAACGAUACUUGCACCAACGAUACGGUCCACACGUGGAAUACGGAUGGUUUUGGAGGCGGCGACCUGCCAUAUCGCUUUCUGAAGGACCAUGGCGAGCCUAAAAUACCUAAAAAUACUGCGUGGUUGACUUCAUACCUUAUAUUCGUUUAUUUCUUUACUGGUGUCGCAGUGUAUUUCCUCUACGACCAAACAAAAAAAGUCGCCACUGUCCGUCAAAAAUACCUGAGCCGCCAGAGUACCGUUACGGAUCGUACCAUUCGGGUGUCUGGUGUCCCUGAGCACCUACGAAACGAAGACGAACUAAAGAGAUUUAUCGAGGGGCUUCGUAUUGGCAAAGUCGAGAAUGUCACCAUCUGUCGGGAUUGGAAAGAGCUUGACAAAUUGAUGGACAAACGGAUGAAAGUUUUGCGGAAGUUGGAGAGUGCCUACACUGUUCCGAAAGGGCAGGACCCACUAACCCGUACCGUCAAGUCCGGGUGGUUCGGCCUUUAUGGAAAGAAAAUAAAUCCAAUUGAACAAUACACAGGAAUGCUAGAGGAUCUUAAUAAUCUUGUUCACGAAACGAGACAAAAGGAGUUCAACCCAGUUCCGAUGGCGUUUGUCACCCUAGAUUCAGUCGCAGCAGCACAAAUGGCUGUACAAGCCCUUCUCGACCCCAACCCCCUGAGUCUCAUUGCAAAUUUGGCACCGGCACCUCACGAUAUUGUUUGGCAGAACACAUAUAUCUCCCGGGGACAGAGAAUCAUCAGGAUGUGGAUAAUCACAAUAUUUAUUGGGAUUCUGACAAUAUUCUGGCUCUUACCCGUUGGUACACUCGCCGGGCUGUUGAACAUCAAAUCAAUCCAUAGAGUUUGGCCGUGGCUUGCCGAUGUUCUUGCCAGUAACCAGCUUGUGAGCUCACUCGUUCAAAACACGCUGCCUACAGCUAGCUUGACGCUGCUAAACAUUGCUGUACCUUAUCUCUACGAUUGGCUCUCUUCGCUCCAAGGAAUGAUAUCACAAGCCGACGUCGAGCGCUCAGUGGUCAGCAAGAACUUUUUCUUCACAUUCUUCAACCUCUUCCUUAUCUUCACGGUCUUUGGCACUGUUUCUGACAUGUAUAAUGUUUUGAAAGAUUCGCUGAAAGACUCAACGACGAUUGCAUAUCGCCUUGCUAAAUCAUUGGGUAGCUUCGCACCAUUUUAUACCAACCUCAUAGUUUUACAGGGUAUCGGGAUGUUCCCUUUCAGGCUACUUGAAUUUGGUACUGUGGCUCUAUAUGUGGCAUCAAGGCCACGAACACCGAGAGACCAUGCCGAACUAAACUCACCUCCCGCCUUCCAAUAUGGAUUUUUCCUUCCGCAGCCUAUACUUGUCUUAAUACUGUGCGUUGUGUAUAGCUUGCUUGAAGCUGGGACGGUAAUGCUCGGAUUUGGUUUAAUAUAUUUCAGCUUGGGAUACUUUACUUAUAAAUAUCAACUUCUCUAUGCUAUGGACAAUCCUCGCCAUGCAACAGGAAAGGCCUGGCCGAUGAUUGUGUACAGAGUAUUCAUUGGCCUGCUUCUAUUCCAGGCAUCUAUGGCAGCCUUACUAUCACUCCAAGGCGCCAUUAUCCGAGGUCUUUUGAUCCUCCCACUUCUAGUUGCAACAACCUGGACAUGGUGGUUUUUCAGGAAAUCAUUCUCUCCCUUGAUGUCUUAUAUUGCUCUUAAGAGCUUAAAUGACCCCGAAUAUACGCCGCGAGAGGGUAGCCUUAUCGACAUCGAGACAGAGACAGUCGAUGAAAGCCGAGAGCUGGGGAGUCGAUUUGUAAACCCCAAUCUAGUAGCCGAAUUACAGGGGUUAUGGCUACACAGCGGUAUUGCCGGUGGGCUUGCCGCACUCCCCGGGAUUACGGGGGUGCUACCGGUUAUUUCUAGCCCAGGAGGUCAUGUUUAG